AGGCUAUGCCCAGAAUCAAGAAAAACAAAGAUGUUGUUGAAAACAGUAUUGUGAAGAAGAUUGAAAGAAUCAAAGCCAAAAAGAAAGCACUAUCACUUGCGUCCAAUAAUGGCACUGCUAAUGAUAAUGUGGUGACAUCAAAGAAAAAGAAGGAUAAGAAGAAAGACACACCUAAAUUACCGAACGGUGCUGAUGCUAAAACUGAUGGUAAAGAUGAAGAUCCUGAUACAUCAGGAACAUUGAUGCUCAAAGAUGUCAUCGACCUUGGUGGGACACAAGAGGAUUAUGACAUGCUACAUAAUGUGUCCGAUAAUGAAAAAGAAUUAGUGGUUGAUGGUGGAGAUUCAGAUUUCAACGUCGCUGAACUUAUUACAUUCAUGAAAUCUAAUGGCAUGAAAACUGUUAAGAAGUCCAAGGCCAAGGGCAAACCUACAGUAUCAUCUGAAGAGAGCAAGGAGGAAAUUGAUAAGAGGGUUACCCCUAAAAUCUGCCCUGUUGUUCCAUCCAAUCCUCCCCCACACGAUCGGCUAAUUUUUAAAGCCAAUGAACCCUGGUACACAAAUGUUCCAGUGAAAAAAGCAGAUGUACUCUAUACUGGCAUUGAGAAAUGGAAACGUUAUGCUGAGCAACUCUGGAAAAAUGAGGUUGAGCUCAGCUCAGAGCUAAGAGAUAAGCAUCAGGCAUCAGAUCAACAGUGGAUGCAAACGAUUUUCACAAGUGGUACAAUAAAUGACAAAGUAUCUGCCCACUGCCUAUUACUUCAAGAAUCUCCUGUUCAUCAUAUCAAAUCUUUGGACGCUUUGUUGGGAAUGGCAAAGAAGAAAAGUAAGAGAAUGGCCAUCCAGUCUAUCGACACCCUGAAAGAAAUGUUCCUUAGUACUAUCCUACCAGAAAACAGAAAGUUGUUCACAUUUGAACAGCAUGAUUUCUCAGCUCUGACAGGAGAGACAAUCAAUGUGACUGUCUUAGGAUGGCUAGUUGAAGACAAAUUAAAGUCUUGUUAUUCAGAAUAUUUGGAUGUCAUCAAAACCCACUUGAAUGAUAACGAAGUGGCUAUUAGGACUAAACUCUGUAAUUUGGUUUCUCAUAUGCUAAACGAAAAGCCUGAAAAAGAACAGGAAUUGUUGGCAAUUCUUGUAAACAAAAUUGGUGACCCGGACAAUAAAUUAGCCUCUAAAAUAAUUUACAUUCUCACCAAGCUUCUUCAAAAUCACCCAAGUAUGAAAAAGGUAGUUGCCUCAGAAGUAGAGCGAGUAUUAUUUCGACCUAACAUAGCAGAAAAAGCUCAAUACUACUCCAUAUGUUUUCUCAAUCAGCUGCAGCUAACACCUGAGGACAGUGCAUUUGCUGCUCAUCUUAUCGAGAUCUAUUUCAAGUUCUUCAAAGAGUCAAUAGACAACACAAAUGUGGAUACUAGAAUGUUGGGUGGGCUUCUCACUGGUGUUAACAGAGCCUACCCUUAUACUGCCUCACAAGACGCCAUCACUGGAGAUAACGUUGAUACCUUGUUCAAGUUGGUGUAUAGUGAUAACUUCAACGUGUCUAUCCAGGCGCUCAUGCUGUUGUAUCAGGUCUCGGGUAGCAAAUCAGACAUUUGCAACAGAUAUUACCAGGCCCUGUACGCAAAGCUGGUAGAUUCCUCGAUCAGCACAUCGUCAAAGAAAUCAUUCCUUCUCAACCUCAUUUACAAGUCACUAAAACGAGACUCAUCAGUUGCCAGGAAAGUGGCUAUUUCCCGAAGAUUAUUGCAAGUUUCCAAUCUUGAUGAACCCUUUCUUGCAUGUGCAUCUUUGUACACAAUAUCCGAGGCAAAUAAGAAUUCUACGAGUAACAUCGAACCCACCGACAAAAACCCCAAGGACAGUGACCUGGAACAAUCUGAAAGUAAACCUCCAAAGUCAGACUCCUACAGUGCAGCAAUAAGAAAUCCACUGUAUUCCAACGCAGAUAGACAAGACUUGUGGGAGUUCAGUCUGUUGUCAAGGAACUUUCAUCCUUCUGUUAACGAGUUUGUUUCCUCCCUUCUCGUUGACGGAGAAGUAUCAUACAGUGGAGAUCCGUUUAACGAUUUUACCAGGAUCAAGUUUCUCGACAAAUUUGUAUUCAAAAAUCCUAAGAGUGGAGUUAAAGCGUCUAACAAGAAAUUUUACUCCAGAAACCAGGUCGAUUCUAAUCAGCCUCAAGUGUAUUCGUCAGAGUUCAAAGAACAAAAAGCCAGCAAGGUAAGUGCUGAUGAAAGGUUUUUCUUCGAAUACUUCAAAGCUCAGAAGAUCAGUGCUAAGGUUGAGGAUACGGAUGAAAAGGAAGAUACUGCAACUGAAACUGAUGCUCUGGACUUCGCUGAUGAUAUCAAGUUUGCUUCAACAUCCACUACUAAAGAAGACAAGAAGAAAAAGAAAUCAGAGGGUGAUGAUGAGGAUGACGGUGAUGAGUCAGAUUCAGGAUCUGAUUUCAGCUACGGAGAUAUUGAUGAUGAUGAGGACGGUGGAACUGUCCAAGUCAACGACAAGGCUUACGAAAAGUUCCUUUGGGAGAAUCUAAAUUCUGACGGGGAAAGUAUCCAAGGAUCUGACGAAGAAGGGGGUGAGGAAAAAGUUGGUUCAAAUGUUGCAGAAGGAGCUCAGGAAGAUGAAUGGGAAGACCUUGACGUGGCUGAAAGUGAUGAGGAAAUGGAAGCUGAGGGAAUGAUUGGUGGCGCUGACUCUGAGUUCAUGGAUGCUGAUAAUGUGAUGAGUGUUAUUAUGGAACAUAAAAAGAAGAAUAAAAAGAAGAACAAAAAAAAGCGUAGUAAUAGUUCACUAUCUGAUGAAGAAACCAAAUCUUCGAAGAAAACUAAGACGAAAACAAGUGACAAGUUUAAAAAGAGUAAAUCUAAAAAAUUGAAAUCAGUGUAAUAGUUUUCCACAAUUGCUCACCGGUUCUUUUUUAAUUAGGGGUUUAGCUUAAGAAUUAACUUAUUGUCACAGUUUUAAUUAAAUUUCUUACGACAGCAGUUUGAUUUUUAAA